AUGUCGAAUACUCGCAACAACAACAACAACAACAGUUAUAACGAGACUAAGAAGAGGGCGACGAAGGUAUCAUCUAAAGAGGACGAACCGACGUCGCCGAAGAUUUUUCUCUCGAUUACUUUCGGCAUUCUUUUCAUUCUGAGCUUGAUUUUCGGGAAAGCUGGGUCGUUUUCCUCAUCUUCUUCUUCUUCUUUAUCAUUAAACGUUGCGGAUGAUGCGAAUCAAAUGUCCUCGGUGGACGACGACGCCCCGGACGUUGGCUUAACGUCGUACGAAGAACAACACGUGGACCCGUCUGAAGUGGCCAAGGAGCCAAUCGAAGAGUCGUUGGCGAAAGAUGACGGGGAAGAGCACUCGGAUUUAGACGGCGAUUUGGAUUAUCACUUAGACCAACCGGUGCAGAAACCGAAAACGGAGGUGGAUAAUUGCAAGAAAUGCAAGAAAGUUACAGUGCCGGAAAUGUGCGGGUACGCGCCGAAGAGAACGAUGGAAGAUUUGUCGGUCACUAUGAAGAAGAGGAGGAUAUUGUCGUUCGACUUGGAGGAGAGCGAGGAGGAGGAUUCAGACGACGAUGAGGCGAAGAGUAGCAACAUUUUAAACAUUACUACUAGAAUAGGACUUCGGAAGUUAUUGAAAGGGCACCAGGCGUUUCAAACGGACAGAAACCGAGCGUUGGCGAAAUCGAGGCAACCGGAUUUCAAGCCGCCUCCAGAGAGCGUCCGAGAGGAGGUUUUGAAACAUUACAAGAUGUGGCAAUCGGAUUCGGCGUGCACGAUGUGGACGAGAACGUGCGUGAAAAGACAUCUGGAAGGCGACGAUAUGGGUUUUAAGCGAGGUCCGGAACAGUAUUUCAAAGAUAAGAAAAUGCCCGGGUUGGAUGGCUCCUUAGUUUUUCCGGAUUUGAAACGAGGCGAGUUGGGGACGUGCGCGCUCGUCGCCGUGGCGGAUAACAUGUUAGGGAAAGGACGAGGUCCGGAAAUCGACAAUCACGACACCGUUUUUCGGUACAACGGGCCUUUGAAAGCAUAUAAGAAGGAUAUUGGGGUGAAAGGCGACGUGUAUUAUUGGAAGCAAAGACGCGAUGAGAAACAAUACGGCGUAGAGGGACAAAAAGCGAACAAGUACUACAUGUGGAAAGACGCCGCGAAAUAUUGGAUGUUCGGCGAUAAGAAGGAAUUUUCAAAGUUAACUUUUAGAGGUAAACAGUUGUUGUGGGAGACACCGAUGGCUUCGGAGAUGGUUGGGAACGUCUAUGCCAAAUACCACGACGAGUUGAACAUUAAAACCAAACACGCGAGCACCGGCGGGUUUAAAUUAGCCAUGUCCGUCCUCGCGAGCGGUUUGUGCACGAGAUUAGAUUUAUACGGAUUUUCGAGUAAAGGUGGGGGCAGGUAUUUUAAGAAUGCGGUCGUUAAUACCGUGCAUUUGAUCGGGCUGGAACAUUAUGCCUUACGAGUGGCCAUGGAGGAGAGUUACGGGGUGUGCGUGUACGACUAA